UGCUGCCGCCGCCGCCGCUGGUGCCGCUGGUGCCGCUGCCGCCGCCGCUGCUCAUGAUCAUUAUUUUACCUUUUAAUUCUUUUUUUUUCCGCUCUUGCCAAAUGCUUUGGCUCCAAGUUUCCUAUGUGUAUCUAUUGAUAUAAAUGUAUAUGUUUAUUUAUUCUAGCUGUCAGGUGUUAAAAUAAAUGCCGAAGAUUAGUCCCACGUCUCUCCCACUCUAGGAUAUAGAUUUUUAUAUAUUUAUUUUAUUUUUGUUGUCUUUGAGUGCAUCGGCCGGUUUGGGGAGGCUUUUGCCACCCUCCCUUGUGUUGUUUUGGUUUUGGAAAAGGAGGUGGAGGAGAGGAAGGAGGGGAAUUAGGGGGCGGCCGGAGCCCAGAGGACGAGACAGUGUUUGGGGGGUGCUCCGGGCAAGUCUGGGGGCUGUCUGGCCCCAGACGACGGAGAGGACGCGCGCUCGCGCUCUCGCUCUUUCUGCUGCUGCUUGCGUACGGCUUGUGAUCUCGCUGGAUUCGGGCGGCUGUUUUUUCCCUCUUUCCUCGCUUGCAAACUGCCUUCCUCGCUCCCUCGCUCCUGCCUCCCCUUCCCUCCCUCCCUCCUCUCCCUCGCCUCUCCUUCCUUCUCCUCUCCCGUCCUUCUUGGUGACUCCGGGAGGCGAGGAGGGAGGCUGCCCGCUCGCUCGCCCCGCUGGCUCCCUUCCACCGGCCUCGCUCCUCUAGAUUCCCUGCCUCGGAGCCGAGAUUUGGGAGGAAAAAUGCAAGCGAACUCCUCGGGUUUUGUUUCUCGGCCCCCCCCCCCCCCCCCCCCGCCAAGCCCAGUUGAAGUAUCGUUUCUACUAUUUCCUUUUAGAGCCGCGAUCUUCCUAACGAGAUCCGAGUGUUUUGGUGUCCCCUUACCCUGUGUUUUGGGGGAGGUUUAGCUUGCCUGGGGGCGGGGAUGUUGAAUACUUUGAAAAUUAUUCUUUCUUGGUUGCAGUCGAGGGAGUCGGGAAACCCCGCGCGCUCCCUCUCCCCAUCCUGAGGAGAGAGGCUGGUGGCGGGACAGGGAUUUGGGGGGUGGGUGGCAAAGGGGUGCGCGUUUGCACCUGCGGUGCCGUUUAGCGUGCGGGGACUCCGGGAACCUUCACAGGACGGCCCAGCCAAGCGGGAAGGUGGCGGGAUUUCUGGCGGUCGCGGUGUUUGUGUUUUGGGCGCUGCGUGACUCGGUGUUAGCUCCCAAUGGCUGUUCCCCCGCCUCUCCUAAAUUUUGUCUUAUUUUUUCCCAUGGUGCGAGCUUUGUAAAAAGACAACUGCAGACCGGAGAGUAGCCGACGUCAGGCUUCAGGUUCCCGAGGUCCUUGCACGGGGCGAGGGGAAAAACAAACAGCCCCAGCCCGCGUUCCUACGUGCAAGACCCGGGAGGAGAGAAGGGCACGCUGUGGCCCUGGAUGAGGGAGCCGGCGCGGGAGGAGGGGGCGCGGGCGCGAAAGGGAGAUCUUUGUGAGUGAUUUUGCAAAAACGGAUUGCGAGAUUGGUUGGAUUUGCAACCUGUGGCUCUCCUCGAGGGAGUAAGAAUGGGGGAAAGCGGCGGCGGCGGCGGCCCGGGGCGGGAGCCGGUGGGGAGUUGGAGCCUCGGAAAUGGGCUGCGCUCCUGGGCAGCGGGAGCUAGGGGCCACCCCGCUGCGAGAGGUAGUGACCGUGGUCAGUGUCUUGAGAACUGUGGAUUGCGUUGCCUUUUGAUGCCGUGUUAUUGGAACUCUGGCGAAAAAUGGAUCUAGUGUUACAAUAAUGAGUUUUAAAGGUCCCCCAUGGAAAACAAAAACACAACCCAAUAGAUUAAAAAAAAGAAGAAGAAGAAGAAUGAAAAAGACCCCUUUUAUGGGGUGCCCCCCUUUGCAAUGCUUAAGAGGUGGUGGUGGGGGUCCAGCAGCUGAACCGGGAGAAAGACCCCAACUAGGGUACUGAAAGUCCAGAGCUGUUACUGGGUUCCUGACCGCCACAGAGAGCUGGUCAUCUCCCCCACCACCAGUAGCCACAGGAAACUGAUUUAAUCUUUUAUGGAUUUUUUUCCCCUCAUUCAGUUUAUAGUUUCCAGGAGGAAAAUCUUGUAACUCUUUACUUUUUUUUUUUAAGUAAAGUAUCAAUAGAUGCUUUUUUUUUUUUCCUGUCAAAAACAAAACAAAACAAAACCAAAAAACAAAAAAACUGGGCAGGACAGAGGGAACCAGGGAAAGGGCUGUUUAGAAAUACAGUUUGUGGCUCUGAGCAGUGCCACCAGCUUCCUCUACAGAGACUGCCAGUUUCCCUUUUUCUUUGCAAGGUGUGUGUGGUUUUAAUAAAUAACUUAAAAAAAUAAGAGGGGGGCCGGCAAGACCUGUCAGGAGACAGGUAUCUAUUUUGCUCACUAUUUACUACCAAGAGCCUUUGGCACUGGAACAGAGCCUCGUAAAUCUGCAGCCCAAGUUGAAGUUCAUCUGGCCCUAGUCCACAUGCUAUUCCUGGAGGUAGCAAACAUGAGCUCAAAGGAAUGAGGUGAAAUCACAUUCUUGCUUUAAAAUAUAUACCUUUGGGGGGGGGGUAUGGAGAAAGCAUAUUGUCUCUGGGGGUAGGAGGAAAUGGAAAGAGGGCACUAGGAGAUGGGCAUUCCCUUGCAAAAAUGACUCCAGUUGGGUCCUCAGGCUGAAAUAGAAACCUGUAGAUGGGAAAUAUUCCCCCUCCCCCCACUUAUAAAUAGAAGUUUCCAAUAUCCUAUUUGGAAGACUUUCCAAUACUGCAGGCCCAAGCACUGGCUGAUUUUUAAGGGUCUGUUGAUAGUGACAAUAAGGCCAGAAGCUGUUGGUAAACUGGGCAGCUUGAAGGAGAAGGAAGCCAGAACAGGGAAUUCUCCAAUUGGCCUUUUCUUCUGUGCUCAAUUGUGAAGGGUUUUACCCCAUGCUUUCUUGAAAAGACUCUCCAAUUUAUUCUGGGUUUGCUGGACAGGGAUGGGACUCUAAACUCUUAAGCUGUCGUUUGCUGAGCCUUGAAGAGUUCCAGUUAUUGGUUGAGUAAAUGGUAGCCAGGACUAGAUGUCAAAAUCCUUCCUUCCCUCUCUCCCCUGCCCAGUAGCCACACUCACAACCCACUUUAUUGUGAAAAACUUGAAGGAGGUAGUGCGGCAGCGCCACCCCUUGGUGGGUGAAACUCUAUUUGCAAAAGUCAAAUAUUUGAAAAACAUUGUGAAAUGACCUUAGGAGGAUUUUUUUUUCUUUAGAAAGGGGAGAUAAAACUAACUUUAAAAAAAGGACGUUGUAGCUGAUUUCUCAAAUGGGGUGGAAAAGCGUUGCUUUCCAGCUAGGAGAGUGUCAUAAGAGGCAAAGAAGUUCGAGAGUGUGUGUGUGUGUGUGUGUGUGUGUGCGUGCGCGGUCGGGGAGGGUUGCCUAGUUGGCUUGAAGUAGGUGAGUUCUCCAGACGGAGGUAGCCUCCUUCCCCCUUGGACUUGACUUCUCAGAGCACCUGAAUUCUGUUGCUAGUCUGACACUGAGAUAAGCAGGAAUGUCUCGGUGUAAAAACAAACCAGUGAUGGGAAGUCCUGUAGUUUUGCUGGCGGUGAUGGUCGUGUCUACUGGGGGCUGGGUUGGGGACGGAGGUUUGUGGCGUGGGGCAAUGGUAGGCUGGUCCGUAGCUGGGUUUGGAGCCUUCUGGGAGUCGAAGUAGUGUGGCGCGUGCCGGCUUCCUGCACUGCGCAACAAGUGGGAAUGCCGCCGCAGUGAUCCGAGCGAGGGUGCUGUGUAGUGGCGGAGCCGGCCCCUUUCUCUUCGCCCCACUGGAAGCCAGGAAUGGCUCUUCCCAGUUCUCCCCGCCUCCCAGUCUGUGACCAGCAGCCCCGCCAAAAGACAAAACUCAGCCCCCCUUUCCCCACCCUCCGCCUUUAGCGAGCCCUGUAAACCUGGGCGGAACCCUGCCCUUGGCCUCCAGGGCCCCCUUCCUCCGUGGGGAUCAAGAGUUUAUUCCCGACUUUCUUUGCUGGUCGACCAGUGUUUGGCAAGAAGCUCUGCUAAUACCUUCUGCUUUUUGAAGACAAGAGCACCCUUUCCUUCCCUUCUAAUACAUUCGGCCUUUCGGGCUGGAAAAAUCAACGUAUAAUACAUGAACCCUGCUCCAGAGACCGCGUUGUGGUUACUAGAGGAGUGAGCAUCGGGAAGAACGGAAUUACAUCCAGUAAAUUAAAUGUUUUGCAGCGUUGCUUAUAGAGGCCAACCUCCUCCCGCUAACAGAUCCAAAAAAAAAAAAGUGGGGGGCAGUCGGUUGUGGAAGGCUGUGGCUGCGCGGUGAUUUUCGAACGGACUGAGUCUGCCACCUAGUGGUAGAUCCUAGCAGAGUUCCCCCCCCCCCCCCCCCCGCGCCUGGGGCGGUGGACCGACCCUGUCACCUUCGGAUCUCCAAGUAUCCCUACUAGGUGCUAGGACUGACAGAGGAGGGCAACAUCCAAUGAGGAUGACAUCUGACCUCCAAAAUUUUGGUAAGGUGGAUGAAAAUUCGGAAGCCUCUAGAUGCUUGCCCUGUCCACGGUCGCUCAGCGAGCGGCAUGUGCCUCCCUAAGAGAACCUUAGUAAGAUAACCCGUUUUGAACACACUAUCUUUCUGUCACUGUGGUGUCUCCCUGGGUGAAGUGGGUAGUGGAGGGACGCUUGGAGGCUCUAGGACAUAAAACUUUACAGUUGAGAAAACAGGCAGCCUCAUGAGGGGGGGGCCUGUUGCUGGUGAGUUAGUACCCUAACUGGGACCAGAUUUUUACCUUCUGAAUUCCAGGCCAGUGACUUAAAGUCAAAGGCGAGUGUAUCUCCGCUCCCUUGAAGUAUCUAAGAGACAGGAGCAGCAGUAAGAGAGACCCACGAUUUUAAUGUCUCACAUCAGCGAAGCUGGGAACAGCUCCCCAGAUGUCUUGGAGGAAUUCUAGAAAAUAUGGCAUAAGAUUUUCAGUGACAGAUACAGGAAGCCUACCGCAGUGCUGAGGGGUGGAGGUCCCAGAUCUUGAGGGGUGUGCCUGGGUUAAUGGAUGAUUAAAUCCCAGUCCCUAGACUUGUAGAGCCCGAGGCUCACAUUUGGAUUCUGAAAUCACCCUCUUCCCCUUCCUUCCAAACUGCUUAGUGGCUUGGCGAGAGAUCAAUGGGUGUGUGUGUGUGUGUCGGGGGUGGGGGGAUGGGGGUCAUAUGGACAGGCAGGGUGUAAUCCUCAUAGAAUUUGGGCCACAAUAGCUUCUUAUUAAGCAAAGUUUUAUUUUUUCGGAGUUCAAAACUUAAGAUGGCAAAGGCGCGUAGGGGUGCCGGCGACCCCUAGCGACGACCGCCGGCGCGCACACUCUUGGGAGAUGCUGCGGUCUCCACCGCCCCGGUCCGAGGAAAUCGAGUUCAGCCUCUCCCACUGCGGGAGCAGUCGGAGGCCGCGUUGGAGAAACGCGCCUCUGUUCGGGUUGGAAACGAAUCUGGGGAUGUGUUUGAAGAGUGGUCAAGUUUGACUCAUCGCUUUCCAAGGACAGUUAGUGCUUUCCAUCUUCAUUAACGUGAAUAAAGACCUUGGCUGACUUUUGUCCAGAUCGGAUUUUUAAAGGCAUUGUUUGGUUGGGGACAUCAUGCCGCUCCCCUCCCCCGGCUGCCUUUUUGCAAAGGCAGAGCCCAGUCCAGCCUGGAUGGCCGAGAUAUCUUUGCUCGGGGACGUGGUUUGCUGGCAUUGUCUGCUUCUGCUGGCUCUUUCUGGAAGGCUGUCGCGAGCUGGGCGCAUGGGGAGCGUCCCUUCUGCAGCUCCUCUUCAGAUCUUGAUGAUAAAACACAUCCCUCUAUUUUAUUGCAUUUCCUAGAAGCUUGCAGGCUUGAAAGAGCUCUACUGGCAGGAAACGUGAUAGAAAUAAAGUCAGGACAUAAUGUCCCCGAACACCUCGGUCACCCAAAGCGACUGCCGAGGCUACCGCGUUAUCAAAUUCGCUUUCAUUUAUUGUCGUCUCCUCCGCCCUCCCGCCCUCCAGUCAAGAGAGCGAAGAGUGUUUCACCCUUAAAACAAAAACAGCGGCGCGGUUUAACCCCACCCCCUACCGCUGGAUCACCGUGGCUAAACUGGAGCAGCUAGUUAGCUGAGCCGCUGCGCAGAAAGGGAGCGCUCGGGCAGGAGCCCUGAUGCUGGUUUCACUACGGCAGCUCCAGCCUUAUUAAAAUUCCUAGUUCCUACCCCUAAACAGUGCUUUGCACUUCCAGAUUCUUCUUUGGAUUUCUCGGCGAGUUAUUGGAGUUAUUAGAUUACCAAUAAUCCAACGGCGGGCCGGGAUUAGAGAAGGGACGCGGUGGGGGGGGGGGGGGGGGAGGCUGUGCGAAAGGCAUUCUCCAAAGCUGGAGACUGUGUCUAAAGUAGGUCAAUGGGAAGGAGAGGCGGGGCUACAUGCGGGUUGUCGGUUUCAAGCCUUGAUGGAGGGCUCUCUCUAGUGUUUAGCAGCGGUAAGACAUGAUUAGGUUUGAGCUCCCGGAACCACGGGAAUCCUAAUUUCCAUUAAGUGCAUGUACGUAAUUUUAACUUCCCUUCCUAGAUACUCACCCCAUUCCAUAUUAAAUUUCAACCUUCGCUUUCACCUUUGUUCCACCCGGCGAAGGGGUAAGAAAGUCUCAAAGUAGGACUUUAUGAGGCCGCCGAGGCCCAGUCUUUACCGACGGCCCUGACCCCGCCUCCGCCGCUGAUGGGAUGCGCGGCGCAGUGUGACGCCACCCGCCACUUUUAGGACUGGACUGCGGCCUUAGGCGCCGAGUCUUUCGAGCUCCCCGCCCCGGAAAAUUCCUCUCGGAGCCCACUACUAGGACCCAUUAGGAGAGGGCGCCCAGGGGUUAUAAUUCCAAGGAAGGCCCAGAGAAAGCGAGGCGUCCUUGGAGCGCGCCCGUGCGCGCUCGGGUCAGCGCCCCGGCCUCUGCGGAAUCCUUACCGGGUCUGUACGGUUUCGGGGAAAUCGGAUUCCGAAAUCCCGAAACCUGGCCAGGUUCGGCCUGGGAGCUCCUAUUCUAAAGACUUUGGGCGGAAACCGAGGCUAGCAGCGUUCCCCGACUUGCCAACGUAGGCGGAAGGGGCUUUCGGUUUGGUUUUCCUACAAGUCGUCUGGCGCGCGCUGGAUGGAGACCCUCAGCCCUAGGGACUCCCAUCUUUUUGACCUUGACGCCUGACCCAACCACCCUCUUAAAGGGGGCGGAGGCAAGCUAAAAGCAAAAAGCAAAAAUAAAUAAAUGACGCAUUAGGCAAACAGAGGCCAGAAUUGGGCAAUUUGAAGUCAUAAAAUGAACCUCAGACUGGACCCGAAUUCCUAGGUUCUAGACUGGCUCUGCUACUAACUUGUGCGACUUUCCCCAUUUAUAAAAACUGUUAGGUGUAAGGGUUGGCCCGGGUGAACUGAGUCCUCGAUCGGGCGCCGGCGAGGGAUUUAGGGGAAAGUGUGCCUAUUCCCCGCGAGCCUCCCCGGGCGCGCCCCGCCUCCCCCGGGUGAAUCCCCGGCGGCCCUCGCGGCGCAGGCGGCGAUCCUGGCGGCCGUCGAGGGCCGGCAGCUUCCUGGAAAGUUACUUCUCUUUGGAGCCGGCGAUAGACAGAGUGUUCUGUGAAAUCCGCUGAGCUGAGAUCGACUACAUUCCGGGAAUGAGAGGGCUGUGCCAUUCCCCUCACUACCCCCUGCCUUGACGGCGUAACAGGGGAAAAAAAAAAAAAAAGCACACACAAUGUUAGCUACCGAAGUGCACGAAACGUUUUAUUUGAAUGUAGCCAAAUUAAGGGCUGCCACGAUCUCAGCACGGGGCCUCCGACGCGCCUGCGGGGGCUUCGCGACAGAUGGGCAGCGGUGCCCGCAGAACGCCCGGGGGUGGGCGGUCCCUGGCGGAUAGAUUUUAAGCAAAAUUUUGGACUGUGAAUCAAGGCAUUGGGUGAAGACAAAAUGGCAUCCCCGGCUGACAGCUGUAUCCAGUUCACCCGCCAUGCCAGUGACGUUCUUCUCAACCUUAAUCGCCUCCGGAGCCGUGACAUCUUGACUGAUGUUGUCAUCGUGGUGAGCCGUGAGCAGUUCAGAGCCCAUAAGACAGUCCUCAUGGCCUGCAGUGGCCUGUUCUAUAGCAUCUUCACGGACCAGCUGAAGUGUAACCUGAGUGUGAUCAACCUGGAUCCUGAGAUCAACCCUGAGGGGUUCUGCAUCCUCCUGGACUUCAUGUACACGUCCCGGCUCAAUCUGCGGGAGGGCAACAUCAUGGCCGUGAUGGCCACGGCAAUGUACCUGCAGAUGGAGCACGUUGUGGACACUUGCCGGAAGUUUAUCAAGGCCAGUGAAGCAGAGAUGGUUCCUGCCAUCAAGCCUCCCCGUGAAGAGUUUCUGAAUAGCCGGAUGCUGAUGCCCCAAGACAUCAUGGCCUAUCGGAGUCGUGAGGUGGUGGAGAAUAACCUACCGCUGAGGAACGCCCCAGGGUGCGAGAGCAGGGCCUUCGCCCCUAGCCUGUACAGCGGCCUGUCCACCCCGCCGGCCUCUUACCCCGUCUACAGUCACCUCCCGGUCAGCAGCUUCCUCUUCUCUGACGAGGAGCUGCGGGAUGCCCGGAUGCCUGUGGCCAACCCCUUCCCUAAGGAGCGGGCCCACCCCUGCGAUAGUGCCAGGCCCGUCCCUGGCGACUACAGCCGGCCGGCCCUGGAGAGAACUCCCAGCGUAUGCCACAGCGGCAUCUACUCACCCAAGGAGGCAGCCCCAGAGGAGACACGCAGUGACAUGCACUACGGCGUGGCCGAGGGCCCCAAGCCUGCCGCCCCCUCGGCCCGGAAUGCCCCGUACUUCCCCUGUGACAAGGCUGGCAAGGAGGAAGAGAGGCCCUCCUCGGAGGAUGAGAUCGCCCUGCAUUUUGAGCCCCCCAGUGCACCCCUGAACCGCAAGGGUCUGGUCAGCCCCCAGAGCCCCCAGAAGUCCGACUGCCAGCCCAACUCGCCCACGGAGUCCUGCAGUAGCAAGAAUGCCUGCAUCCUCCAGACCUCUGGUUCACCUCCAGCCAAGAGCCCCACCGACCCCAAAGCCUGCAACUGGAAGAAAUACAAGUUCAUUGUGCUCAACAGCCUCAACCAGAAUGCCAAACCAGAGGGACCUGAGCAGGCCGAGCUGGGCCGCCUCUCCCCUCGAGCCUACACCGCCCCACCGGCCUGCCAGCCACCCAUGGAGCCCGAGAGCCUUGACCUCCAGUCCCCAACCAAGCUCAGCGUCAGCGGGGAGCACUCCACCAUCCCACAGGCCAGCCGGCUCAAUAACAUCGUCAACAGGUCCCUGACAGGCUCCCCCCGCAGCAACAGCGAGAGCCACUCACCGCUCUACUUGCACCCCCCCAAGUGCACGUCGUGCGGCUCUCAGUCCCCGCAGCAUGCAGAGAUGUGCCUCCACACCGCUGGCCCCACAUUCCCCGAGGAGAUGGGAGAGACCCAGUCUGAGUACUCGGAUUCCAGCUGUGAGAACGGGGCCUUCUUUUGCAAUGAGUGUGACUGCCGCUUCUCUGAGGAGGCCUCACUCAAGAGACACACGCUGCAGACCCACAGUGACAAACCCUACAAGUGUGACCGCUGCCAGGCCUCCUUCCGCUACAAGGGUAACCUCGCCAGCCACAAGACCGUCCACACGGGUGAGAAACCCUAUCGUUGUAACAUUUGUGGAGCCCAGUUCAACCGACCAGCCAACCUGAAAACCCAUACUCGAAUUCACUCUGGAGAGAAGCCCUACAAAUGCGAAACCUGUGGAGCCAGAUUUGUACAAGUGGCCCACCUCCGUGCCCACGUGCUCAUCCACACUGGAGAGAAGCCCUAUCCCUGUGAAAUCUGUGGCACUCGUUUCCGGCACCUUCAGACUCUGAAGAGCCACCUGCGAAUCCACACAGGAGAGAAACCUUACCAUUGUGAGAAGUGCAACCUGCAUUUCCGUCACAAAAGCCAGCUGCGUCUUCACUUGCGCCAAAAGCAUGGCGCCAUCACCAACACCAAGGUGCAAUACCGCGUGUCCGCCACUGACCUGCCCCCGGAGCUCCCCAAAGCCUGCUGAAGCAUGGAGUGUUGAUGCUUUCCAUUCGAGUCCCUUCUCAGAAUCUACCCAAAGGAUACUGUAACACUUUACAAUGUUCAUCCCAUGAUGUAGUGCCUCUUUCAUCCACUAGUGCAAAUCAUAGCUGGGGUGGGGGUGGGGGGAGGGGGCGUGGGGACUGGGGGCCAAGGCAGCUCCCCUUCCCCCACUGCCAUAAAACAUUAAUAAUAUUGCUUCUUCUCCUAUGUGUAAGGCAAACCAUGUCAGCAAAAAGCAAAAUCAUUUUAUAUAUCAAAGUGGGGGAGUAUGCAAAAGUUCUGACUUGACUUGGUCUGCAAAAUGAGGAAUGUAUAUGUUUUGUGGGGACAGAUGUUUCUUUUGUAUGUAAAUGUGCAUUCUUUUAAAAGAAGAGACUUCAGUAUGUUAUCAAAGAGAGGGCUUUAAUUUUUUUAACCAAAGGUGAAGGAAUAUAUGGCAGAGUUGUAAAUAUAUAAAUAUAUAUAUAUAUAAAAUAAAUAUAUAUAAACCUAAAAAAGAUAUAUUAAAAAUAUAAAACUGCGUUAAAGGCUCGAUUUUGUAUCUGCAGGCAGACACGGAUCUGAGAAUCUUUAUUGAGAAAGAGCACUUAAGAGAAUAUUUUAAGUAUUGCAUCUGUAUAAGUAAGAAAAUAUUUUGUCUAAAAUGCCUCAGUGUAUUUGUAUUUUUUUGCAAGUGAAGGUUUACAAUUUACAAAGUGUGUAUUAAAAAAAAAAAAAAAGAACAAAAAAAAGCUACCGAAGGAAAAAUGUGUAGUUUUGUUCUAGUUUUCAGUUUGUAUAUACCUGUACAACGUGUCCUACGGUGCCUUUUUUCAUGGAAGUUUUCAGUGAUGGACGAGCGCGCCAUCCCUUCUGAAGUGUAGGCAGACACAGGGACUUGAAGUUGUCGCUCACUAAGCUCUCUUUGGGAAUGUUUGUCUCAUCACAUUCUGCGUCAUGCUUGUGUUAGAACUACUCCGGAGACAGGGUUUGGCUGUGUCUAAACUGCAUUACUGCGUUGUAAAAUAUAGCUGUACAAAUACAAGAAUAAAAUGUAGAAAAGUCAA